AACCUUGCGCAUUUUAAAAUUAUUUUUUAACAAAACAAAAAAUAAGACAGCAAAACCUAAAAAACACAGCAAAAUUAUUACAUCCGUCCUGUCCAAAGUUAUUUCCUUUGUCUCUAUCCCCACCAUACAUGUUCUAAAUUUCAAAAAUAAGAGGGAAUUAUAUUUACGAGCUUUAGCUAGAGAGAACACAACGUUAUCCUACGGUAUGUCGCAGUACGGAACCAUUCACGGCGGAGUCGCCGGAGGAGGGCCGGAUUUUCACUUACCGGAUGAGAUAUUGGCGGUGAUACCGACGGAUCCUUAUGAUCAGCUAGAUCUGGCGCGUAAGAUAACUUCAAUGGCGAUUGCCUCGCGCGUAUCGAAAUUGGAAGGUGAAACGGGGCGUAUGAGGCAGAAAUGUUUUGAGAAGGAUCGGGUUAUUUAUGAGCUCGAGGAGAAACUUAAUCACCUGCAACGCGCUUAUCAAGAAGCGGAGUCCAGUUUAAAGAUUAGCCUCGAUGAAAAUAUGAAACUUGCAAAUGAACGAGAUUCACUAGUGGUGAGCGUGAAGAAACUCAGCCGUGAUUUAGCAAAGUUGGAGACCUUUAAGAGACAACUGAUGCAAUCUCUAAGUGAUGAUAGUUCAUCGCAAGCUGAGACUGUUGACAUUGAAACUUGUGACUAUUCAAAUCCUAAAACCUAUGUUGAUAAAGAGGAGAGGAUGAAUGGCCAUGCAGCCCAGAAUUCCUACAGUGGAUCUACUGAUUCAGGAAGCUUAACUGAUGAUGCUUCAAGGAAUGCUAUGCAAAGAUUUUCUAUUACUCCUUACAUCACUCCAAGGCUUACUCCAAAUGGAACUCCCAAAAUGAUUUCCACAAGUGUGUCCCCUAGAGGUUUUUCUGCGGCUGGAUCCCCCAAGAGAAACUCUGGCACAACAUCUCCCUCAAAAUCUCUAUAUGAUGGGCGAACUUCACUUUCUUCAUGGUAUCCCUCAAGCCAGCAGUCAUCAGCAGCAAAUUCUCCUCCCCGUGGACGACCUAUGCCUGCACGCACUCCGCGGAUUGAUGGAAAGGAGUUCUUUCGUCAGGCCAGGAGUCGACUAUCAUAUGAACAGUUCAGUGCAUUUCUGGCUAACAUCAAGGAACUAAACGCUCAAAAGCAAACUCGAGAAGAAACUUUAAGAAAAGCAGAAGAGAUAUUCGGGAUAGAGAACAAAGAUCUAUUUUUUUCAUUCCAAGGAUUGCUUAAUCGCAACAUACAGUAAACUCUAAACUAGGUCGUGGAUCAAACUUUGCCCAACCGUUCGAGCCUCUUGUGAAAGAUGCCUUGCAAUAAAUUCAUGUCUAAGGCAUACAGUUCACAGUCAACUUAGAUACUAGUGAAUUUAAAUCUGAGCAACCAGAAUUCUGAGUUUUUAUUCCCUCAUACAUGCAGCUAAAUUGUGUAAAUAUUUUUUCUUGGUUUGGCUUUACCUGCAGGGUACUAAGUAGUGAGAAAAAUUUCAUGGUCAAUUUUGUUACUUUCGACUUGCAUCUCAAGACGGAAGUUUCUUCAAUCUAUUACCAAUUUACUGUC